CACAGCAGGAAGUAGAUGCGGAAGCGUGUUUGCCUUUGUUUCUCUGAGCGGUGAAGAGUUUACAGGUAGAAAUGAUCUGUGUAUUGUUUCUGCUCCGGCUCCUGGUUUUCAUCAGACCCGCAGCGGAGGCGUUAGACAACGGUCUGGCUCUGACACCCACCAUGGGCUGGCUGCACUGGGAGAGGUUCAUGUGUAACAUCGACUGUGACAAGGACCCGGACAACUGCAUCAGUGAGCGUCUGUACAUGCAGAUGGCAGACAUGAUGGUGAAGGAGGGCUGGAAAGAGGCCGGCUACGAGUACGUCUGCAUCGAUGACUGCUGGCCCUCCCAUCAGCGAGAUGCCCGGGGCCGCCUGCAGGCAGACCCCAAAAGAUUCCCCGGGGGCAUCAAGAAACUGGCCGACUACAUCCAUUCUAAGGGUCUGAAGCUGGGUAUCUAUGCAGAUGUUGGGAAAAACACCUGUGCUGGAUACCCCGGCAGUCUGGGCCACUACGAGACAGACGCUCAGACUUUUGCCGACUGGAAUGUGGACCUGCUCAAAUUUGAUGGCUGCUACAUGGACUGGACCCUGCUGGGAGAAGGCUACAGAAACAUGUCAAAAGCACUGAACCAAACUGGAAGAAGUAUCCUGUACUCCUGCGAGUGGCCUUUAUACGAAUGGCCUUUCAAACAGCCGAACUACACAGCCAUCCGUGAGACAUGUAACCACUGGCGCAACUUCAAUGACGUGUACGACUCGUGGAGCUCGAUCAAAACCAUCUUGGACUGGACUGCUUCUCAUCAAGACGUCAUUGUUCCCUCGGCUGGAUCUGGGGGCUGGAAUGACCCUGAUAUGCUGGUCAUUGGGAACUUUGGCCUGAGUCACGACCAGCAGGAGUCUCAGAUGGCAUUGUGGGCCAUAAUGGCGGCUCCUCUGCUCAUGUCUAACGACCUGAGGGACAUCUGUCCUCGCUCCAAGGGGCUGCUACAGAACAAACGAAUCAUAGACAUCAGCCAGGACCCGCUGGGCAGGCAGGGAUACCGCACCAUCAAGGUGGACAGUUUCGAGGUGUGGGAGAGGCCUCUGUCUCAGAACCGUCUGGCUGUCGCUGUUCUGAACAGACAGGAGAUUGGUGGUCCCCGGGGGUUUGUCAUCAGAGCGGUUCCUGGCUGGAAGAUCUGUGACCCUCAGUGUAACGUCACACAGAUCCUGCCCCAGUACAAGGAGCUGGGUGUCCAGACUUUUAAGAGUGAAGUGGUUUUAUCAGUGAACCCUUCAGGCACCGCUCUUCUCACCAUCACUCCCAUCAGCAGGUUUAGGACAUACAAGCUGCACUGGCAGGACACGAGUGUCAGACACAAGCAGGAAACCAUUUUGUAGUCCUCAGGGGGUUUAACACUUUAAUCUACCAGCACUGCAUUGAUUAAUUAAAGUUUUAAAAUCAUUGGUUUUGUACAAAGCAAAUGGGAAAUCUAGUUUCAUUUGAGUUUGUUUGAAUGAGUCUGACACUGGGAUGAACUACAGUAUACUGGCUGCUUUAUGAGUAAAUCACUGGAAUGUUUUUGUACACUUGAUGUGUGAAUUGUCUACAAUAUGCUGUUAAGAUUAAAUCAUCUCAAAAGGUCCAGUUUGUAGAAUACAACUGCACAAGUAUUCAGUUUUUGUUUUAUCACCCGGGAAUAAGAAACAUGAUCCUAGAUUGAGACUUGCUUAAAUCAAGAAUAGGUCCUAUAUACGUCUGCCAUGUUGCACUGAUGUGUAUUCAAUAGCCCAGAAUGGACAAACCUACACUGGCUCCAGAAAGGGUUUUUUUUAGUUGACGUUACCUGAAGUGUAGGUUCUGACACACAUGAAAAAAGGAGAGGUACUUAUUUGCAAGAUGAAACUUCAGCUUGAAGCUAUUAAAUCCUACAGACUGAACCUUUUUAAAGAAUACCUGAAUUUUGUACAUUUGCAUGCUUUGUGAAAAUAAAAGGGAAAAACAA